AUGGGGAACUGUCUCUUUGGAGGGCCAUCGGAAGAUGAUAGAAUAAUCAAAGUAAUCAACUCCGCCGGCGGCAUCAUGGAGUUCUACGCUCCUGUCACAGCAGAAUGCAUCACCGACGAGUUCCCCGGCCACGGGAUUUUCCGGGGAAACGAUCUUUUCUGGAAACCCAUUCCCCACACCGAGUUUCUGGUCGCCGGAAAUUCCUACUACCUUCUGCCACUCGACAAGAGAAGAGGAAUGAAGGUAGGACAUGUCAGAUCCAACAGCCUCCCGCAAAACACAGCAGCGCCGUACCGGAUGUCCUUCGACAGCCGUAGGGUUUUCAAGAGGUCGUACACAGACGCAUAUUCAUCAAGUUCCAGAAAUAAUGGAUGUGGGUUUUGGAAGGUGAAGCUUGUGAUAAGCCCUGAACAGCUGUUGGAGAUACUGUCACAAGAAGGACGAACGCAGGAGUUGAUCGAGAAUGUCAGAACUGUGGCGAAAUGUGGAAACGAAGCUGCGGUUUCAUGUAAUUCCUCUUCGGCGUUAUCUGAUCAGUGGAGUCUUUGCAGCAGUAGCAGAAAUGGUUCCAAGAAAGAUGUUGUAUUAGAGAUGUAA